AUGCAGUUUAUGCUGCUGUUUAGUCGUCAAGGCAAGCUACGUUUGCAAAAAUGGUGUGUGUCUUAUACGGAGAAAAUGAAGAAAAAGGUCAUGCGUGACUUGAUCACGACGAUCCUGGCUCGCAAGCCGAAGAUGUCUGCCUUUCUCGAGUACCGCGACAUGAAGAUCGUAUAUAAGCGGUAUGCCAGCCUUUACUUUUGCUGUGCCAUUGAGCAGACUGACAACGAGCUGAUAUGCUUGGAAGUGAUCCACCGGUACGUCGAACUGCUGGAUAAGUACUUCGGAAGUGUAUGCGAAUUAGAUAUAAUUUUCAACUUCGAAAAAGCCUACUUUAUUCUUGACGAAUUUAUGCUUGCUGGGGAAGUACAGGAGACAAGUAAGAAACAAGUACUUAAAGCAAUCGCUGCCGAAGACCUCAUGCAAGAGGAAGAAACGCCUCAAGGAUUCUUCGAAGAUCACGGACUCGGUUAA